UCCAGCCUCGCCACCCCACGCCGCCACCAUGAGCCAGUCCUACUCCUCCAGCCAGCGGGUCUCAUCCUACCGCCGCACCUUCGGCGGCGCCUCCCCGGUCUUCUCCCGAGCCUCCUUUGGGGGCAAGGGCGGCAGCGGCAGCUCUGUCACCUCCCGCGUCUACCAGGUGUCCCGCACCUCAGCUGUCCCCAGCCUGUCCAGCUUCCGCACCACCCGUGUGACGCCCUUGCGCUCCUACCAAAGCGCUUACCAAGGUGCUGGUGAGCUGCUGGACUUCAGCCUGGCCGACGCCAUGAACCAGGAGUUCCUCCAGACCCGCACCAAUGAGAAGGUGGAGCUGCAGGAGCUCAACGACCGCUUCGCCAACUACAUCGAGAAGGUGCGCUUCUUGGAGCAGCAGAAUGCCCUCAUGGUGGCUGAGGUGAACCGCCUGCGGGGCAAGGAGCCCACCCGUGUGGCCGAGAUGUACGAGGAGGAGCUGCGGGAGCUCCGGCGCCAGGUGGACCUGCUCACCAACCAGCGGGCUCGUGGCGAAGUCGAGCGCGACAACCUGCUCGACGACCUGCAGAAGCUCAAGCAGAGGUGAGGAGGGGUC